UUCACAGCUGUUUACAUACGCACGUAAUUAUACCGACUCGAACUGGCCGAUUUAUUACAAAAUAUAUAAAGCUCGUUACGGCUCGCAGGUAAGUCAUUCGUAUCGUCGUUAUACUAUAUCUAUACAGCGGUGACGUAUAACACAUCUGAUGCAAUAAUAAUCGUUGUGACUGGCGAGCUUGAGCAAGCUGCAGCCUAGUCGCGCCGACACAACAUACUAGACUGGCGUCGAGCAGGCGCCCUCCCCGACCCGACUCUCUGAAAGCUGCAAUUUGCAAAAUAUACCAACAUUUAUAAUUGCGCAUUUCUCGCGGCAGUCAGCUCAGAGAGCAGAGCUGCAUAGCUCGGCUCGUCUGCUGCUUGCAAGUUGCUAGUCUCGAAGCGCGCUGCUUUUCUCUGCGUGUGAACUUUUUUUUCUGCCUUGUAAUAGCCGCCCCGCAUCGGCAGACGACAUUAUAAUACCGUAUCGACUGGUGUGUUUCAAGACCUCUCCUCGUAUUUUAAUUUCAAUACAAGUGCAGUGCCUCGGUGUGUGUAUUAAGCACACAAUAUUAUAAAUCAAGACCGCAGAAAGAGACGUGUGGUUGAGCGCAGCGCAACGCACACUUUUGACGUUCUACUGUUGUAUCGAGAGACUCCAGUCGUCGAAUACGAAGAACCGCCCGACGACGCUUGCGGAUCGCUGCUGUAUUAUCAUACGUACAGGCACAGGCCCUAGCAUAUCGUCGUCGUUGUUGUUACUUUUCUAUACUCCUAUCUAACCCGGACUACUGCCCCAGCAGUAGCAGCAGCAGCAGCAGCUCUCCAAAAUGAGUUCCUUGAUACGCAGGCGAUUCCACUCGAUGAUAAGAAGCUCGGUGGCGCGACACCAUCAGAAGGCCGCCGUGACUUCCAAGCGCAUGCAACAGACCAACGCAGCCAUAAAUUCCACCACCGAGACUCAUCAGUUUUCAAACGAUGUUAUACCUGUUUUUAAAUAUGCGGCACAAUACAACGACAGAUCAGCCUUACGUGAUAUGCACGGAGAUUACACGUACAGAGGACUAUUUCUCAGUGCAAAGCAAUUUGCCAAUGAUCUCACCAAAUUGCUUGGCGAAGGAAGUCAACAAAGAAUAGCUUUUCUUUUACCAAAUGAUGCUAGCUAUGUAAUUACACAAUGGGCAUGCUGGAUCAGUGGUCAAAUAGCUGUGCCAUUAAAUGAUCAGCAUCCUGCACCAGUUCUUGAUUAUUACAUCAAAGAUUCUGAUGCAAAAGUUUUCAUUACAACACAGGAUCAUUUGCCAAUUGUUGAACCCCUCCUAGCCAAUUCUAAUAGACAUUUAAUAGUAUUUGAUAAUGCAUUGCGAGUUUUGGCAAUGAAACCACAUUCUAAAGAGGCUAAUAACAAACUUGAUGUACCACAUGAUCAAGGAAAUCUUAUGGAUGCUGGUGUGCCUGGAGAUUUUUAUAAUAAGAGUGAUGCAAUGUUUGUAUAUACAUCAGGAACAACAAGCAAACCAAAAGGAGUGGUACUUAGUCACAAAAAUAUCCAAGCUCAAGUCAGUUCAUUGGUCAAGGCUUGGAAUCAUACAGACAAAGAUAUUUUCCUGCACACUUUACCACUUCAUCAUGUGCAUGGUAUUAUCAACGUCCUAAUGACACCUCUUUACGUCGGUGGUCGCUGUGUCAUGUUACCUAAGUUCUCCGCUUCGAGCGUGUGGGCUCAAAUCACCGCAGUCAACCUCAACAAUAGCGAGCGCAUCAAUGUUUUGGCAGCUGUUCCGACAAUAUACAUGAAAUUAAUUGAAGAGUACGACCAGUUGUUUGCUAAAAAUGAAAAAAUCAAGGAGUAUAUCUACAAUGUCUGCACGACCAAAAUUAGGUUGAUGAUCAGUGGUUCAGCUCCGUUACCAAAACCGAUUUUUGAGAGGUGGGAGAAAAUUACAGGUCACAGACUGCUCGAAAGAUACGGAAUGACCGAAGCAGGCAUGAUCUUAUCAAAUCCUCUUGAUAGCGAACGUAUUCCUGGUACCGUUGGAACGCCUUUGCCAGGUGUAGAAGUGAGAUUAACUGAACCAGAAACACCCGAGAACCCUAAACCAAAAGUGCUUUUGUACGGAAAUUCAAAGAAAAGUAAGGUAGUCGGAGAGGUGAAAGAACCUGUGAGCGGUGAUUUGCAAGUAAAAGGUGAAAAUGUUUUUAAAAACUACUGGCAACGGCCAGAAGUAACGAAGAAAUCAUUCACCGAUGACGGCUGGUUCAAAACAGGUGAUACUGUGCAAUACAAAGACGGCAUAUACAGUAUGUUGGGUCGUACAUCCGUUGAUAUCAUUAAAACUGGUGGUUAUAAAGUUAGCGCUGUUGAAGUUGAAACCGUUCUCAUGGGUCACCCAAAUAUCGUUGAUUGUACAGUCGUCGGUGUAGAAGAUUUGACAUGGGGUCAAAAGGUUGCCGCGAUCGUCGUCGUUGCAGAGAACACAGAAAUAAUUCUGUCGGAGUUGCGCGAAUUCGCCAAGAAGUCGCUCGCAGCCUACGCCGUUCCUAGCGUUCUUAAGGUCGUCAAUAAAAUCCCAAAGAAUAGCAUGGGCAAAGUUAACAAACCCGAUAUCGUACGCAUAUUGUUUCCCAAAGAUGAUCAAAAAGAAAAUCAACAAAAAACGUAAAUUGACGCACCACGUUUGAGUAAGAGUUAUUGUUUUUUCUUUUUUCUUUUCUUCCGGUGAUUAUGUUACGAGAUGCACGAUGCGCCGAGCGCAUUAUGUGUUUAUUAAUAAUCAAGAUCGCGUGACCGACACGCGUGUUCGUGUGUCGAUAUACAGAUGCUAGCCACUUCGCGUAGCCGUUCAAGCGUUUCGUUCGGGAUUUGACUUUCACGAAAUAGUAGUUGUUGCCAGAUUAUUUUAUCGUCGGUAGUUGACGUGUAGACGGAUGGUUAUUUUAACUAUAUUUGUAAAAGUGUCAAAAGGGCAGAGUGUGUGUGUGAGUUCCGAAGUCACGUGUUUAAAACGAUGAUGGGAAAAAAAUUGUAAUAAAGAAUAAAAAAUUAUUGGUGAAGCACAAUGCACGCACGUUUAACAUAUUUCGAGCGUUUAGUCUUUUUAGAGCUAUCCAAUUUCAGUAUUACGACUUUCGAAUCCAAUUUCGAAAUUUCUAUGCAUUUUCCGUUGAAUUAUCAAAAUUUUUCAGUAAAUCUAGAUACUAAUAAAUCAUGACACUGUAUAGAUAGACGACAUUCCUUUGCUGGACCAAUGCUCUUUUUUUUGUUUGUUUGUCAACGAAUCACGUACUUCCGAAAUUUUUACACUUUUCCAAACUGUAUAAGAAUAAGCUUUGCCUUUUUGAAACUAAACUUUAACCAUUACGACAAAACGUAUCGGCCCCUGAGCACGCUAUAUGAUAUUAAAUAAAGAAAUUUUUUUAAGACUCGUUACAUAGAUAUACCUUUGAGAGGUAUCGAAUUGAAAAAAACAAUAGUUAUGAAGUAUACACGGUACGACGGCAGCGAAGCAUGCAAAAUAUUUUAGUAAUAUAUAUAAUGCGGUAUAAUGUAACCGAACUAAUGUGUAUAAUUUAGUGGGUGCUUACUUUCGUUAAAUCGAGUACUCGACGAUUUGUUUUUUUCUUCUUCUUUUUUUUUUUAAAUGAAAUAUUACAAAAUUUUUUCGAUCACUAAUUCUUAAGUUGUUUAACAAUGAUUAGAUUUUUUUGUACGAGACGAGUGAAUAUAUUGUGAUAUAUUUUAACAAAAAUAAAAAAUCAAAGUGCCAUUCUGCACUGACUCAAGAUGGAUCGACAGGGAAAUUUCUUCUCGACAAAAUAUAUUUCACAAAAUUGUUUUAAAUUUUUUUCUUAGUCAAUAAGCAUUAUUAAUCUUAUGGAUUACGAUAGAGCCAGGCGUUUGGCUAAUGAUUACAAAUUACAAAAUAAAAAAAAUAACAAAAUUGA